AAACGACAACUCCCCGAAGCCUCAGUGCUCGGUGCUUGAGGGUGGCGUUCGCGGCACAAACGGGGGGACCGAGCCAAGAGCCAAAAGUAGAAAGCUAGAAUACACAGUGAUUUUGGACUACAUUUCCAAAAAGGGAGCAGGCUCGGAUUAUCCUCGGUAGCACCGGUCACUCACAGGGUCACCUUUGCAGGCUUGAGAAACCUUGGCCCUGCCGGAACUCUACUUCUCCACUUGGAAAGCUGACUGCCUGGCCCCAUUCUUCCCGGCCAGCCCUUCCUGAAGAACCGAGACACUUGUCCCCGCCCCCUGCGCGCCUGCGCACUCGUGCCGCGAUAGGCUAUCUGGAAGCUUGGAGAUUUGAAGGCUGGGUGGUCGUCAGAGCCGGUCGCGGCAGGAUCGCGCGGGGCCCGGCUUUGCUGUGGCCGCGGCUUUUCGGAAAGAAACGAGUACGGGAAGGGCCGGAUUCUGCGGACCGGACUUGGGAGUGGGUCCUGGGGCCUCGGACUACUGGGCGAUUCCUCCAGAGUGAGGAGACCCGGACCGGGUGGAUUUAAACUCGGGCGGCAGUGACGGGGCCGGGCCGGGUUUGUGGGCGCGGCCUAUUCUGCAAUUCGAGAAUUGCAGUCCUACGCUCCUCGGGGUCCUACGCUCCUCGCUCUUCUCCUCAACCACCUAGGCCCGGCCGUAGAGGGCAGUCGGAGGUGGAGCCCCAGAAUAAAGGUCCCCUGAAAACGCUGGAGCUAGAUUCAGGGCUGACCUCUGAGGUCCGGAGUAUCCGCUGGACAGAAGACAACGCGGUGGGCCGUCCCACGGGCCCUGCCAGUCUCCGGAGAAGGCCUUUGAAGUGAAAGGAACCGCCUCGGCAAGCCAGGUUCUGUAUCACAAGUAGACAGAGAGGCAGGCAGAGAGAGAGAGGGAAGCAGACUCCCCGCUGAGCAGAGAGCCCAUUGCAGGGCUCCAUCCCAGGACUGUGAGAUCACGACCUGAGCCGAAGGCAGAGGCCCAAACCACUGAGCCACCCAGGGACACUCUGAAGUGUUUGGCUGAAUUUCUGAAGGAUUCUCACAACAUGAAAUAGACCAGUCUGCUUUGUUAUGCCAAAAACUUCAUUCGUCCUCCUGAUUUGGGUGAGAGUUUGAGAAAUGAAUGAAUGAUAAUUUCCUAGAAAAUUAAGCUUACAAAAAACAAAAUUAUUUUAAUUUCAGCAAAGAGUGACUAAAACUAAAAAUUCAGAAGUAAAAAUAGUAGCAUGUUAAAUGUAUGGAGUUAAAUACCAAAAGAAAUAGCUGAGAGAGGUAGUUUUUAUUUUUUAUUUUUAUUUAUUUAUUUAUUUUUAAAGAUUUUAUUUAUUUAUUUGAGAGAGAGACAGUGAGAGAGAGCAUGAGCGAGGAGAAGGUCAGAGGGAGAAGCAGACUCCCCAUGGAGCUGGGAGCCCGAUGCGGGACUCGAUCCCGGGACUCCGGGAUCAUGACCUGAGCCGAAGGCAGUCGUCCAACCAACUGAGCCACCCAGGCGCCCCAUGAGAGAGGUAUGUGAUACAAACCGUUAGAGAACAAGAUAAAGAUCACCUGGGAUAUCAUCAAGUAGAGCUCUAGCUUCUGUGGACUCUGCUUCUCCAGUAAAUGACCUUUGAGGAAAACUGACCAAUUCUUGGAAUCUAAAAUCAUGGCUCAUCAUUUGGUGAUGUUCAGAGAUGUGGCCGUAGACUUUACUCAGGAAGAGUGGGAAUGCCUGAACUCAUAUCAGAGGAAUUUGUACAGAGAUGUGAUACUAGAGAACUAUAGCAACUUGGUGUCAGUGGCAGGAUGUUCCAUUUCUAAGCCAGAUGUGAUCACCCUACUAGAGCAAGGGAAAGAACCCUGGAUGGUUGUGAGGGAUGAGAGAAGAAGAAGGAGCCUUGAUUUAGAAUCUAGAUAUGACACUAAAAAGUUAUUUCAAGAAAAGGAUAUUUUUGAAAUGAAUUUAUCUCCGUGGGAGAUAAUGGGAAGAAUUAGAAGUUGUGGCCUUGAAGACUCCUUUAUCAGAAAAGAUUAUAAAUAUAAAAAGUUUGAGGGACAAGAAAAUCCUCAAGAAGGAUAUUUCAGGCAAGUGAAAAAAAUGCCCACCUACAAAAAACUCACAUCUCUUACUCUGUAUCAGAGAAUUCAUAAUAGAGAGAAACCCUAUGAAUGUGGGGACUGUGGGAAGGCCUUUAGAGUGCGCCAACAACUUACUUUCCAUCAGAGAAUUCACACUGGUGAAAAGCCCUAUGAAUGUAAAGAAUGUGGAAAAGCCUUUAGACAGUGUGCCCACCUUAGUCGACAUCAGAGAAUUCACACUUCUGACAAACUCCUCGAAUGUAAAAAAUGUGGAAAGAUCUUUACAUGUGGUGCAGAUCUUCGAGUACAUCAGAGAACUCAUAUUGGUGAGAAGCCCUAUGAAUGUAAGGAAUGUGGGAAGGCCUUUAGAGUGCGAGGACAACUUAAUCUCCAUCAAAGGAUUCAUACUGGUGAGAAACCCUAUGAAUGUAAGGAAUGUGGGAAGACCUUUAGGCAGUACGCACACCUUACACGACAUCAGAGACUUAAUAUUGCUGAGAAAUGCUAUGAGUGUAAGGACUGCGGGCAGGCUUUUUUGUGUAGUACAGGCCUUCGAGUACAUCACAAACUUCAUACUGGUGAAAAACCCUAUGAAUGUAAGGAAUGUGGAAAGGCCUUUAGGGUGCGGCAACAACUCACUCUCCAUCAGAGAAUUCACACUGGUGAGAAACCCUACGAUUGUAAAGAAUGUGGGAAGACCUUUAGUCGCGGCUAUCAUCUGACUCUCCAUCAGAGAAUUCAUACUGGUGAGAAACCUUAUGAAUGUAAGGAAUGUCAGAAGUUCUUUCGCCGUUACUCAGAACUUAUUUCACAUCAAGGUAUUCAUAUUGGAGAGAAACCCUAUGAUUGUAAGGAAUGUGGGAAGACCUUUAGACUGUUUUCACAACUUACUCAACAUCAGAGUAUUCAUUUUGGUGAGAAACCUUAUAAAUGUAAGGAAUGUGAGAAGACUUUUAGACUGCUGUCACAACUUACUCAGCAUCAGAGUAUUCAUACUGGUGAGAAACCCUAUGACUGUAAGGAGUGUGGGAAGGCCUUUAGACUUCAUUCAUCACUUAUUCAACAUCAGAGAAUUCACUCUGGAGAAAAACCGUACAAAUGUAAGGAAUGUAAAAAGGCAUUUAGACAACAUUCCCAUCUAACUUACCAUCAGCGAAUUCAUAAUGUAACUAAGUAAUUAUAGGAAAGCCUUCUACUGUGAAUUUUAUGUUAAAGGGCAUUAGAAAAUAAAUUCUAGGGGAAGUUAUUGAAUAUAGGAAUCCCUUUUGCUUCAUGCUUAGAACUCAGCUAAAUAAGAGGUUUUAUUUGAAGGAAAGGAUAUAUUAAUUUCAUGAAUUUGUAAAAGCCUUUCCUCAGCAUUAAAAACCAUGUUAAACUUCAGGAAAUUUGUUCUAGAAAGAAACUCUUAAAGGAGUAACUAUAAGAGAGCUUUUGAUCUUAUCUAUUGUAUCACAUCUAUUCUUCCCAUCUGUAUAAUAUACCUAUGGAGGUUGCUAGGGCACCUAACUCAUCCCAAAAAUGAUAAUUGAAAGGAAAGUCAUUUAGCCUGCAUUUCCUAUUGAACUGUAUUUUAGGGCAACUAGAAGUUGAUGAGCUAAAAUUCUUUAUUAGAGUUUUGUAACACAUAAUGAAAUAGUGGAUCUAGGCACAAAUCUCAGUAGAGGUUAAGACCAGUAGAUACCCAUCAAUUGAUUUUAAUCUCAUGAAAAGUAGGAUAAAACACUUUGUACCCCCAAUGAGUUAGAAUAAAGCAUAUGCAUCUUGCCCUCAAAUAUUGAACCUGAAUCUAAGCAUCAAGAUCUAACUCCCACUUUAGAGAAAAUUCAGGGAACAGAAGAACAUGAUAGAAGAAGAAGCAAUUAAACUAAUCUAAAAUGUGAGUAAUUCUACAAGAUGAAUGACCUAGCUUCUCAAGCAAUAAAAUGGCAUUGAAAAAGGGGAGGUAGAACUCUAGGAUAUUAAAUGAGUCUGAAGAAAUGCAUACCAAUCAAAUGUAAUGAAUUAGAUUCACGAGUUGAACAAACAUGUAAAGAGGACAUUUUUAUAACAAUUGGGGAAAUGGGAGUAUGGACAGCAUUAGAUAAUAUUUAAAAAUUAUGUUUUUGUUAGGUGUGAUAAUAGCAUCGUGGUUAUGUAAAAAUGUUAGAGGUAAGUUUAUACACAAGAUGAUGUUAAUGUCUGAAACUUUUUAAAAAUGCUUAUGCAAAAGAAAAAUUAGAAUGGAUAACUUGUUUGUCAGAGUGAUGGUAAGAUGAGUCUUGGGUACAUGGUUUUUGUUUAUUUUGUUUUUGUUAUUUUCUCUACUUUCAUGUAUUUCAACUUUCCCAUAAUAUUAUUUUAAAGAUAAAAUUAGCUAUGGUAUUAUAACCCAAUUGAAGUAAAUGAUUUUUAAAAAAUUACUAUAUAACAAAAUUUGUGGAUGUUGUCAAAGCUCUGCACAUUGGUAUAUUAAAUAUGCUAUAUCAUCUUUGGGAAAUAAAAACUGAGGGUCCAGAUUUUAUCUAGUUCACCUGUUACUACCUCUGUUACCAUGCCUGUCCCAUAGUACUUCAUAUGUUUAAAGAAUGAGUUUAAAAGCAAUUACUACACCUAAAUGUGGAAAUUAAUGGACUGGACCUUCAGUAUUUAAUAAGAUAGUUACCAGCAAUAUGUUGAGCACUCAUAACUGAGCACUUGAAUUGUGGCUAGUUUGAAUUAAAAUGAUGGUAAAGUGUAAAAUACACAUGAGGUUUUGAAAAUUUAGGUUUUUUUUUUUUAAGAUUUUAUUUAUUUGACAGAGAUCACAAGUAAGCAGAGAGGAAGGCAGAAAGCCCGAUGCGGGGCUCAAUCCCAGGACCCUGGGAUCAUGACCUGAGCUGAAGGCAGAGGCUCUAACCCACUGAGCCACCCAGGCACCCCCGAAGAUUUAGUUUUUUAAAAAGUGUAAUUUAUUUUGUUUCUCGCAGAAUUUCUCUGUUGUGAUAUCCAGUGGGUUGCAUUAUUACAUAAUACAGAACCCAAUUUUAGUAUCUUUCUGCUCCUAAGUAGCAUGUUUGCAUCCUGAGGUCUUGGUUCUACCCUGAGUCAUGCUUCCCCGCCCCCCCCCCCCCCUUCAUGAAAGGUAGCCCGUGUUUACAGCUGAGUAGAUUUCUCAGACUGUUUUUAGCCUGGAGAUGUUUUGGGAUCCCAAGCCCCUUUCACUUUGUAUUGUUUCUGUCCCAUUAAGUUCAAGCUAGUUGUCUUAACAACUGUAUUUUAAAUGGAUUUUAUUAGGGUUCACUUAGACAGAAGAUCAACAGGCUCUUCUUUUUGUUGGGCUCCCUAUGAGGCCACUGUGGAAAAAUGACUUUGAAAUUCUUAGAAGCCCUGCUAUUUCACAGAAAGGCUAAGUUAGGUUCAUCCUUAUUCUGAGGCUUCAUUUUUAGGACAGCACCAUAUUUUUUAUUUUUAUUUUUUUCUCCUCUCAGUCCCAAUUAGAACUUUGAAAACCCUUUGUUAUCUGGAAACACUGCCAUGGAACCCUCUGUAUUUCCUUGAAAUUCUACUUGAAAUAUUCACCAGUUGAUACAAUGAGUAAAAUGUGAUUUUUCUCUUUUCCUGUGUUAUGAUGGAUUAUCUUCAUGAAUUUCCAAACAUUGGCUAAGCCUUACAUCGCUGGAAUAAAUUCCAUUUGUUUGUAGUGCA